GAACUAAUGAGUUAAUUUGGAAUGUGAAAUGAAAUGGUGGUCACUGGAGCCUCGUUCAGGAUGUUAGACGUCAUGGUGUUUUGAGACUAUAUAUAUAUGCGAAAAUACAUUGUUAGAAGUUAUGUUUUACGACAAAUGGUCUUAAAAUAGUAACAUUACGUAACGCGAUGCGACGUUUUCCGACCUUAGACAUGACAAACCUUUUCCCAUAGGUCAUACAAUUAAUAUGUCAUCUAUAAAUAUAUUAUAUAUAGUAUGUAUUUAAAAGCAUUUGAUUUUCAAAAAAAGAAGAAGAACAACAAAGAUCGGUAGCAGAUAAAGUUUUUUUGUUGUUUUUUUUUAAUGAUGAUUUUAUUAAUUUUUUGAAUUAAUGUAUAAUAAAAAAAAAAUUCUCAAAUCUCUGUCUAUUGGGGAUUGACAGUCAAAAGAUUGAUAUUUUUAAUUUAAAAUUUAGCCUGAUAAUACUAUAAUUCAUUCUUUUGCUGCACAUUUAGUUCCUCUGACCCCUUCCUCCUCAAAGUACGCCCUACCCGUUAGUGUUCACGAUCACCCCGUUUGAGAACCUUAUGUCUUUAUCGGAACGCCACCACCAAAUUAGUGAUUGACCUGUUUCAAGCAGGACACAUUAACACGAGCUCAACGACCAAGUACAUUGAGUGACACAUUUAGUGAAACAUUUAGUGGAACAUUUAGUGAAACAUUUAGUGGAACAUUUAGUGAAACAUUAAAUUGAGUGAAAAAUUAAGUCUCACUUUUUUAAUUGGAUUUCAAACAAUGAAGGAUAGUUGCAAAUAAAGGUGAAUCUUCACCAAUUUGAUGUCUCCAUAGGGAACGUGUUAAAAUGAUUCAGUUAUCUUCACCAACCAUGAACUUCAAGUGAGACGUUGGUGAGGUUGGGCGCCGUUACUGACGAGGACGUGAGAUGAAAUGUGUUAGAAAAAUAAAGUACUUUUGUGUGGGGUUUGUCUCCGGUCUGAUGAUCAUCUGCCUAAACUAUGGUGAGAAUAAUUUAGUGUCGACUCGUAUUGAUUCGUUAUACAAUUGGAAUAUGUGUAGAUAUUGUAGACUUGUUUAGCACGCUGAUUAAUAGGGUUAUUGAUUGGUUAUCGAGCGAAGAGGUAUUUUUAAAGUCAAUUUCGGUCGAGUAUUAGAUUUUUUAGUAUUAAUUAUUGUUGAGCACCUUAAGCAAUUGGUAAGCAAUUGGUAUUUUUACUGUUGGUGUUGGGAGUGUGUAGUGUCCUUACAGUUAUUGUCGGUACUGUCAUUUUCCGUGCUGUAUAAUCACAAUUUUAUUAUUCCGGACAAUAAUAAUCUGUGCAAUUGGAUAUCCCAGGCACAUACAGAGCAUCCCAAUAACACACAUAGCAUCCCAGUAACACAAAGGACAUCCAAAUAACACACAGAGCAUGUCAGUAACACACAGAGCAUCCCAGUAACACACAGAGCAUGCCAGUAACACACAGAGCAUCCCAGUAACACACAGAGCAUCCUAGUAACACACAGAGCAUCCUAGUAACACACAGAGCAUCCCAGUAACACACAGAGCAUCCUAGUAACACACAGAGCAUCCCAGUAAUACACAGAGCAUCCUAGUAACACACAUAGCAUCCCAGUAACACACAGAGCAUCCUAGUAACACACAUAGCAUCCUAGUAACACACAGAGCAUCCUAGUAACACACAGAGCAUCCCAGUAACACACACAUAGCAUCCCAGUAACACACAGAGCAUUGCAUCCUAGUAACACACAUAGCAUCCUAGUAACACACAGAGCAUCCUAGUAACACACAGAGCAUCCCAGUAACACACACAUCGCAUCCCAGUAACACACAGCACAUCCGAGUAACACACAGAGCAUCCUAGUAACACACAGAACAUCCUAGUAACACACAGAGCAUGCCAGUAACACACAGAGCAUCCUAGUAACACACAUAGCAUCCUAGUAACACACAGAGCAUCCUAGUAACACACAGAGCAUCCCAGUAACACACACAUAGCAUCCCAGUAACACACAGAGCAUCCUAGUAACACACAUAGCAUCCUAGUAACACACAGAGCAUCCUAGUAACACACAGAGCAUGCCAGUAACACACAGAGCAUCCCAGUAACACACAUAGCAUCCUAGUAGCACACAUAGCAUCCCAGUAACACACAGAGCAUCCUAGUAACACACAGAGCAUCCCAGUAACACACAGAGCAUGCCAGUAACACACAGAGCAUCCCAGUCACUAACUGUCACGUUAAGAAGUAAAUCAUUUUAAUUAAAAUAAAAAGGUAGAGAAUGAUUCCAUACAUCACUUGAAUUUUUUUUCGCGACGUAUUGAAUGAUAUUGAGGGAUGUAAAGAUUAAGACCAAUAAUUACAUAGAUUCUUAUUGGUCAACCUCUAAGCUAAGCCACGCCCUAAUGUUGUUUUUUUCACCACGGCCUUUUGUUUUGUUUUUCCCAAGCUCUGACAGGACCACGUGGGGACGACACUGACACCCGACAGCUCAUUGUCCGCCUAAGGGACUUAAUGCUGACCCGAUCGCCGGCCCGAGAGGCCCAUCUCGUGAGAACCGACCAGCCUGGUGAUGUGACGGAACUGACAUCAACUGUCCUCGGUAAAGUCAAAAUUGAAAUGGAGAAAAGAAGGUUUGUACUAUGGACAAUGUUUACAUCUAAUCUCUGCCGUGAUUCUCCACUGGGCUGAAAAAUUUGACGAUGGCCAUGAAAAAAGUCUGCAAUUUAUAAUAAAUAGUAAAUCGAAUAAUAGGAAAGUGGAUUUUAAGAGGAGUAAAUCGAUUUCUUUAGAUGACUGAAAAAAUCGAUACAUUGAUUAUAAUACUUUUAAUAAUGUGAAAUUCGGGAAUAGAUUUCGAACAAUUUUAGGUCUUUCGCAUGUCCUUAUUCAUUUUACUUAAUUCUUGCUGCAGACGACAUUUGCGCCAGGUUUGUAAAGCCAUGAAUCUGACAGGCUCGACCCUCGCUCGUGCAUUCGUGUCCACAGAACGUCGCGUUGUCUACUGCCCCGUGGAGAAGACAGCUUCCACUUUCUUCAGGCGGUUUAUGUAUCAGCUGGACCACACGGAUCCUAUGAGGUGGGUACAAACCACACGAACCACACUGAACACACCAGCUGCACUGAACACAUCAACCACACUUUACACAUGGAUCUUAUGAGGUUGGUACAUACCACACCAACCACACUGAACACUCGGAUCCUAUGAGGUGGCUGAAUAUUUUGCAUACAUACUACACCACCAACUUCACAGAACACAUUAACCACACUGAACAAACCAACCACACUGAACACACCAACCACACUGAACACACCAACCACACUGAACACACCAACCACACUGAACACACCAACCACACUGAACACACCAACCACACUGAACACACCAACCACACUGAACACAACCAACCACACUGAACACACCAACCACACUGAACACACCAACCACACUGAACACACCAACCACACUGAACACACCAACCACACUGAACACACCAACCACACUGAACACACCAACCACACUGAACACAGCAACCACACUGAACACACCAACCACACUGAACACACCUAGCCCACUGAACACACCAACCCCACUGAACACACCAACCAAACUGAACACACCAACCACACUGAACACACCAACCACACUGAACACACCAACCACACUGAACACACCAACCACACUGAACACACCAACCACACUGAACACACCAACCAAAAUAACCGCACUCUUCCUUUGAGUUAGGUCUGAAAUACCAUACCCAAUCACACUUUCCCCACUCACCACAUGAAAUCAGCCACACUGACAAGACCAGCCACACUGACUACACCAACCACACAGACCGCCUCUACGACGCUACCCACGCAGUACACGCCAAAUCCAUUUACCCCACAAACAACUUUACCACACUAACCACACGGACCAGAUCAACCAGAAUCACACCAACCUACUGUCCACAUUAACCACACCACCCACGACAGCAACGCUGACCAGUAAUUAAACUAUACCCUUACAAUAUCCAUAUUAACACAACGGUGACACUGACUACGUCAUUUUCUCCUAACGCCCUCCUGGUCUCUUAGGUCACCCUUUGAAGUCCCCGUGAAAAUGAUCUACGGAUGUGGCCCUUUACUAACCUCCAUUGAAAACCUCUCCAAAACCCUCAAUGCCCAGCGUCGAAGGCGCAAAGAGAAACCGAUGAAGCAGGCAGAACCCACAGUCGUGGAUGAUAUUCAAAAGUUUCUCAGCAAUUCCAAGAAAUUCGUCUUCGUCCGUGAUCCUUACGCCAGGCUUUUCUCUGUUUACAUCGACAAACUGCAGGCGCCGAACCCGACAUUCUGGGAAAAAUGGGGAAUCCCCACGGUGAAGAAAUUCAGGAAGCGCCCGUCUGAAAUUGCCCUGAAAUGCGGGCAUGACGUCACGUUUUCCGAGUUUCUCAAGUUCACGCUUGGGUCGGAGACGAACCUGGACAAGAUGGACCCCCACGUCAGGCCUGUUUUUAGGUUGUGCGAGCCCUGCAGCGCUGACUAUGACGUCAUCGGUCACAUGGAGACGUUCAAAAGGGACGCGCUGUAUCUCUCGUCCCUGCUCAACGUCUCCGAGACGCAGAUCGGCUUCGACAACAUGGCGGAAGACUCGGCGAAGGACGCGAUAGAGGAUUCCGUGACGGAUGCCUUUACCGUAUGGGAACCCCGCGUCUCCAAAUGCAUCACGAAAUUCGAAUCUGCUAAGCGGAUCUGGAAGAAGCUUCAAAUCAGGGGUUUCAUCAGCGACCGGCAAAACAUUUCACACAUUUUGGAUGCUGGCUCCAUCGAAGACGUUGAGGCCCGCGAGUUCAUUCGUCUGCUAAUGGCCGCUUUCAGAAAAUCCAAAGAUAAGACUGAACUAAAGAAGCAAAAGUUCAAGGCUUUCGUCAGCGCGUAUCGUUCCGUAAACGUGGGGGUCUUGAAAAAGGUCAGCAAGAUGUACGCAGCGGACUUCCGGCUGUUCGGUUACGUCGAUCGUCCAGCCGAGAUCUUUGACAGGUCCAUCACUGGAGAUCUUGACCUAGAUCUCUCGGAAGAGAUGUCCUUGUCCGACAGAUGGGUAUUUUAAAGAUCCAACCUUAUUUAUUUUUUUUUUAAACAGAUAUGACGAACAUUAAAAGUUACGAAUAGAAGCGAAAAAUCCAAUUUUUGAAAGGCGGAGAUUUUAGGAACUGACUCUGCCAAGAAAGGACUCCUUAUAAAAAAAAAAUGAUUGUAUGUGAGCGUCACGUGUCACCACUUAAACUUGAAAGAAAAUCAUGAUGACAACUUAUGUUGAAAUAAAACAUGGCCACCAAAGCGUCGGUUGCUUGUGAUGACAACUUGUGUUGAAAUAAAACAUGGCCACCAAAGCGUAGGUUACUUGGUUUAGAUUUAAGAGACAUCAAGACGUUAACUGUCUGUAUAAGUGAUUCUUAAAACUUGUUUUUAAAAGACUAGCGUGGCAAGUCACGCUGUUGAUGAGUUCACUUAAGAUACGACAGACGUCUGCACACAGCCGAGACAUCUCAGGGGGCAGUACAUAAUCCUAAGAAUGUAUCAUUACCAAAUAGGAAUUGCUGAAUGCACACCCACAAAAUUAGAAUUGAAAAAUCAUAGAUGUUUGUUCAACCAAAUGUGUUUAUUUAUUCUAAUUAUAGAUUAGGCUACACUCCAUGCUCACACUGAAUUUCCAGUACUCAAUUUAUGACAUAUGCCAGUACUCAAUUUAUGAGAUAUGCCAGUACUCAAUUUAUGACAUAUGCCAGUACUCAAUUUAUGAGAUAUGCCAGUACUCAAUUUAUGAGAUAUGCCAGUACUCAAUUUAUGACAUAUGCCAGGACUCAAUUUAUGAAAUAUGCCAGUACUCAAUUUAUGACAUAUGCCAGUACUCAAUUUAUGACAUAUGCCAGUACUCAAUUUAUGACAUAAGCAUCCACUAGAAAGGUUUUAAUUAUAUUUUAAAUAAAUUGGACCCUUGGUAAUUUUUUGUUUAAAAACGAUGUCCCCAUUUCAGGGUUGUCUACAUCCCUGAGAAUAUUCAUAGGGAAUAAAUUAGUUCUUACUUCUUCUAUUUCUUUGAGG